CUUCCCCCGAAUGGUAAAACUUAAAAAAAAAAAAAAAUUGGCAUUUCUCGGCAGUUUCAAUCUCUGGAAGGCACAACGCACAAGAGCAAAAAGAUGCAGAAAGCUGAGUCUAGGGUUGACAAGGGACCUUGAUGAUCAUGGAUACUCCUGAUGCUACAAAGAAAACCUCCAUUUCCAUCUCCACUGAUGCUGCUGCUGUUUCUUCUGAAUCUCCUCCUGUUCAAGAGUCCCCUUUUUUCAGCUUUGUAAACAAUUUAUCUCCAAUAAAGUCUGUCAAGGCUUCUCGUGUGGCUCAAGAUUUCCUUGGACUUAAUUCUCCCCCUGUCGUCUUCACAUCACCUCGUAUUAAUCCUCAUCGUGGAUCAAAGUUCUUGGAGAGGCCUCAAUGCUCUCAAUCAGCCACUGUAGAAAUUUCUCAUAGUGUCAAUGGAGGCAGGAGCCUUGUUGAUAAUCCCGUUGAUUCUGACAAACCUACUUCUUUACCGCCGGGAUUUAUAGCUGAUGGCAAGAAUGAUUCAAAUGCUCAACACUGCAGCCCUUCACUGUGUGUGGAAUCUGUAGAUGAAUAUUUAGCUGAUCCUUCAGAUAUUGAUCACUUGUCUUCGGGGCAUUCAGUCAACCCGGAUGUGAAACAAUCUAAUGAACAUGUUGAAUCAUCACUAAAUGACUUUACUCACUCAAAGAAAGCCAUAUCAAAAGUUGAUGACAAAAAGGGCCCCGGUGACAAGAUGAACGAACCUUCACUUUUGUUGGGGGAGUCUGAAGCCAGUUAUCAAGAAAAGCCAAGAUUAGUUGAUGAAGCAGAGAAAGUAGAAGGGGAGAAAGCUGUUGAAUGGCCUUCUCAAGAAUGCGCAAAGUCAGAGUCCAUUUUAUCUGUUGACCGUGUUUUGGAGAAACGACGUUCUGAUGAUUCAAUUGUCCUGUGCACAGGAAAUGAAAUGCAGGAUUGUUGUGAUUGUACCUCUCAGUCGAUGCUUGAGCCUUUGCUGGAUGUAAAAGAAAGUGAAGAUGGUGGCGAGAUGGAGACAACCUCUUGCGUAAGCGUACAGAACAUGUCACAGGACAGCACCAAUGCCAGCCAAAAGCACCGGGGCCUGCGUAGACGUUGCCUUCAGUUUGGGGAGGCUACGUCAAGUGCUUUUGGAAAUUUGAACAGCUCCCCGCUUCAAGCCCAUGUUCCCGAAGAUUUAAUACCCUCAGCUAACUCCCCAGAUUCUAAAGAUUUAGAAGCUUCUCAUGUUGCACUAAAUGAUACUGCAGGUGAAAAGAGAAUGUUCACGAAGUCCAAACCUAUCACUACCACAUUUUCUCAUCGGCGUAGUGAAAUCUUCCCUGCCAAAAGUUCUAAGCCAUCAGGCAUUGGGUUACACCUAAAUAGCAUUGUAAAUGCUAUGCCCCAUGGCCGUGCUGCAUUUACAGGUAUGAGGUUAGCAGAGGGCUGUUCAGGUUUACAAGGCGGGAAGUCAGCUACUUCACUGAGCUGCCGCAAUGCUGAGGACUUAAAGACGGGCUUAAUUUCAUCAAACAUGGAUGAGCAACUAUCGAUUGGCAAUGAACGUGAGAGGCACGAAAGGAAUGCUUCAAUAACUGCGGAUCCUCUCGCCUCCGAUUCCCCGAGCUCUAUAGAGCAAGCAAAUUUGUCAAUACACGUCGAGCAUCCAUCAAGUGUCCAAGAUGAGAGACAAUUAAGCUCUCUAGGUGAUGGAAAUUUUGAAGAUUCCAAUCAAACGAGCCCCAAAAAGAAAAAGAAGAGAACCUCAAACCCCACUGAUGAUGAUGGUUGUAAAAGGUGCAACUGUAAGAAGAGUAAAUGUUUAAAACUUUACUGUGAUUGUUUUGCAGCCGGAUUAUUUUGUGCUGAGUCUUGUGCUUGCCAAGACUGCUUUAAUAGACCAGAACAUGGGGAUUUGGUUCUUGAGACAAGGCAGCAAAUAGAAACCCGUAACCCACUUGCAUUUGCCCCCAAGAUUGUGCAGCAUGUUGCUGAUUUGCCUUCAAAUAAUAUGGACGAUACCAAUAUAACGACACCAUCAUCAGCAAGACAUAAAAGAGGUUGCAACUGCAAAAAGUCAAUGUGUCUGAAAAAAUAUUGUGAAUGUUAUCAGGCUAAUGUCGGAUGCUCCAGCGGAUGUCGAUGCGAGGGAUGUAAGAAUGUAUAUGGCAGGAAAGAAGAUUACGUUGCCAUUGAAUAUGCUUUGAGUGAAGAAAGGAGAAACAGAGCAGAAGAAGGAUCAAAUGGCACGCUUCACAGUAAGCUGGAAACGGAGGCAAAUAAGACGGAUUUGUUACACGGAGAGUUGUAUGAUCUACACUGCCUUUCUCCUCUAACACCGUCUUUGCAAUGCUCAGACCAAGGAAAGCAAGCUGCAAAUUUUCGAGCUCCUUCUGGGAAAUAUCUUCCAGGCACAGGGAUGAUAAGAAAUGCCUCUAAUGAUCGGCAACAGGAUAUCAACAUGGAAAUAAUGGAUCAAUCAUCACCAAGAUGUAAUUCAGUUGCCAAAGUAGGGCAGCUGGCUAUUUCUAAUUCUCAAUCAAUGUCUAGUGCUUCAUUCUCAACUAAAACAAGAGAUCAGACACACAUUCCACGUGUUCUAUCCGGUGGUUCCCUUCGGUGGCGUAGUUCACCAAUCACCCCAAUGACUAAAUCAGGUGAAACUAAAUCUCUCCAAUGUCUUGAAUCGGGCAGUAGACUUUAUGACAUUUUAGAAGAUGAAACACCUGAGAUGUUGAAGGAAGCCUCAACGCCCAUUAAGUCUGUGAAAACAAGUUCCCCUAAGCAGAAGAGAGUAUCACCUCCUCACAGUCAUCUACGUGAACUUGGUUCAAGCUCUUCAGGAGGCUUGAGAAGUGGCAGGAAAUUCAUAUUGAAAGCUGUACCUUCCUUCCCGCCACUGACCCCAUGCAUUGUUUCGAAAACCAAUGAUCAUGGGAAUUCAGAGGAUAACAGGCAAGUGACGGACGAUCCCAAAAGCUGAAAGGAUCUCUCAAUGCGAACAAGUUUGGAUUAUCAUCCGAUCUGAAUCAGAAAGGGUAGUGCUUAAAAAAAAUUGUAAAAAUAAUGAUUGAUUCGAGAACAUUUUUCUUGAUCGAAGAAGUGCAGAACCUUGCUUAUGAUUUAUGUAAUGUCGUUGGUUGUCUUGCCUCUGCCGGAUGCGGGCAUGUCAACAAGUGUAAUUAGAUGGACUUUUAAGCGUCGCAUGAACUCUUGUAUGCAUGUAAUUGAAUUGAACUUGCUCCAACCAAAAUUAAAUUGAUGAGGAUGAGGGGUCGAUCUAAAGAUUUCA